AUGCCCAGUGUAUCUGGAGACUUUGCUGUUCCCUACGCCCUGGAGCCUGGGACAGAGUGCCGGCCCAAGGAGUACUAUGACCAGAGGGCCCAGAUGUGCUGCAGCAAGUGUCCACCGGGCAAACAUGUAAAGAACUUCUGCACCACGACCUCUGACACUGUGUGUGACACCUGUGAGGACAGCACGUACACCCAGCUCUGGAACUGGGUGUCUGAGUGCUUGAGCUGUAACUCUCGAUGCAGCUCCGACCAGGUGGAGGUUCAAGCCUGCACUCGGGAACAGAAUCGUAUCUGUAACUGCAAGCCAGGCUGGUACUGCACCCUGAAGAGGCAGGAAGGGUGUCGGCUGUGUGCACCACUGCGCAAAUGCCGGCCUGGCUUCGGAGUGGCCAAACCAGGAACAGAAACGUCAGAUGUGGUGUGCGCUCCCUGUGCCCCUGGGACAUUCUCCAACACAACUUCAUCCACUGAUGCAUGCAGGCCCCACCGGAUCUGCAGCUCUGUGGCCGUCCCUGGCAACGCAAGCAUGGACACAGUCUGUGGGCCACCAGGUCCUACCCUGAUUUUGGGGUCAAUCCCCACACUCCAGCCAGAGGCCCCAAGACCCCAGCCCAUGACACCCACACCAGGACCUGACGUAACUCGAAGCACUUCCCCGCUGCUGUCUUUGGGUCAAAGUCCCCCAGUUGAGGGACUCAGUGCAGCCAGCAUGGCUCUGCCAAUCGGGCUGAUUGUGGGCAUGACAGCUGUGGGACUGCUCUUAAUAAUGCUGGUGAACUGCAUCAUCCUGACCCAGAGGAAAAAGAAGCCCUCUUGCCUGCCUGGAGAAGCCAAGGUGCCUCACCUGCUGCCUGACAAGGCCCGAGGCGCUCCCGGGCCGGAGCAGCAGCACCUGUUAACCACGGCGACCAGCUCCAGCAGCAGCUCCCUGGAGAGCUCGGCCAGUGCCGCGGACAGGAGAGGCCCCCCCAGGAACCAGCCACAGGCCCCUGGCAUGGAGAAGGCCAGUGGUGUCGGGGAGGCCUGGGCCAGCUGUACCACCUCAGAGCCUUCUCCUGGUGGUGGGACCCAGGUCAAUGUCACCUGCAUCGUGAAUGUCUGCAGCAGCUCUGACCAUGGCCCCAAGUGCCCCUCCCAGGCCAGCUCCAUGACUGGGGACACGGAGCCCAGCCCCUCGGAUUCCCCAAAGGAUGAGAAGGUCCAUUUCUCCGAGGAGGAGUGUGCUUUUCAGUCACAGCCUGGCACACUAGAGACACUGCCACAGAACUCCGAGAAGCCGCUGCCUCUAGGGGUGCUGGGUGUUGGGAUGAAGCCCUGUUAA